AUGAGCUUCUGGGGAUCUGCAGGUACCUCGGCUGUGUGGGGGCCAUCCCGCCAUGGGCCGUCUCCAUUGGUACCCCUCAUGGUGGUACUGGCCUUGGGGUGGGUCAUCUACAACGAGACCCUGAUGGGGUGGUAUGAGCUGGUCACCGAGGUGCAGGAAACCGUGACCGACAAUGCCAUGGUCUUCAUCCUCGCUGCCGGGCUCCUGCUGCUCGCCAUCGUCCUCCUCGGCAACCAGAUGGAGGUCGUCCUCGUGCCGGUGGUGCUAGUGCUGGUCAUGCUCCUGAUUCAGAACAUCGUUGUUGCGGCGCUCCUGCUGCUGGUGGUGGUGUACUUCGCCGGAAUAUACUACUACCCGCCUCAACGGGGCUACUAUGGUGGCGGCAGCUUCAACGGCGGUGACUGGGCAUGCUCUGGGCUGGGGUUCUACAUGUUGCUGCUGCUUUGCCUGGUGCUGUGCGCCAUGUUUUCAGAGGACGGCGGCAACUGGUGGAUUCCAGGUGUGUUGCUGGCAGCAUGCCUGCUCUGUCUCAACCUAUUCUCAGGUGGCAAAGUCUUAGGCUAUGAAUACUUCUGAACAUGUUUGCUUCUCUUCAGUACAGACCAUGGCUAUUGGUUUAUGAGAUUUAGAGAUGAAA